CCCGCCGUCGGUGCCAUGAAGCGGGCGCACCCCGAGUACAGUUCGUCGGACAGCGAGGAGCUGGAUGAGGCCGUCGAGGUGGAGAAGGAGAGCGCAGACGAGAAUGGGAACCUCAGCUCGGCCGCGGGCUCCAUGUCUCCCUCCACCACCUCGCAGAUCCUGGCCAGGAAGAGGCGCCGAGGGAUCAUCGAGAAGCGCCGCCGCGACCGCAUCAACAACAGCCUGUCCGAGCUGAGGAGGCUGGUGCCCAGCGCCUUUGAGAAGCAGGGAUCAGCCAAGCUGGAAAAAGCAGAGAUUCUGCAGAUGACUGUCGAUCACCUGAAAAUGCUGCAUACAGCAGGGGGGAAAGGUUAUUUUGAUGCUCACGCUUUGGCUAUGGACUACCGGAGUCUCGGGUUUCGAGAGUGCCUGGCUGAGGUUGCUCGAUACCUGAGUAUCAUAGAGGGUCUGGAUGCCUCGGACCCCCUGCGGGUGCGACUCGUGUCUCAUCUCAACAACUACGCCUCUCAGCGGGAGGCGGCGAGCAGUGCACACGCUGGCAUUGGACACAUUCCUUGGGGCAGCGCCUUUGGACAUCACCCUCACAUACCUCACCCGUUGCUGCUGGCUCAAAAUGGGCAUGGUAACAGCAGUACUACAGCAUCUCCCACAGAACCACAUCACCAGACCAGAAUUGCUGCCCCUCAUGCUGAAACUCCCUCACUCAGAGUGCCCCCAAAUGGCAGCGUCGGACCAGUGCUCCCCGUGGUCACAUCUACCACCAAACUGUCUCCUCCUCUUCUCUCCUCCAUGGCAUCUUUGUCUGCGUUCCCCUUCUCCUUUGGCUCCUUUCAUCUGCUGUCCCCCAACGUGCUGAGCCCAUCGACACCAACGCAGUCAGCAGCGCUCAGCAAACCCUACAGACCCUGGGGGACUGAGAUUGGCGCCUUCUGAGAACUGACUCUUGAGCAAGGGUGGGAAAGCCUAUAAACCUAGCUGAGCUGGGUUAUGCCACCCUUGCAGUUGAAGUUCUUAGUAACUGGGACAA